CCUGGAGGAGGGAAAGGAAGGGAGGAUCUGCUUUGACAGCCGCCGGUGCCAGGCGCCUCCCGGCCCCGAGGGUGGGCUGAAGAUCAAUCCGCUUCCGCCGGGAGGCCGCGGGAAGGGCGGCGGCGGCGGCGGCGGCGGCGGCUGGUUAUGCGAAGGGCUGAGGGAGCGAGUGGGCGGCAGGAAGAAGCGCCCAAGUCAUCCCGGGUCUCCUCGCGAGGGCGGAGGUGCGCCGGCAGGGCGGGGCCUGGGCGGCCCCAAAGCCAUAAAGGGCUCAGCCGGUUCUUCGCCCGCGAGAGCGCGCAGCAGCCCAAGCAGGAGCAGCAGCGGCGUUGCGGAGCCGGAGGCCAGCGUCCCCGUCGGAAGACAGGCAGGCAAGCAAGGCGGGCGAGCGUGGCCUUGGCGCUGGUCCCUCGAGGCGCUCUCGGUGCGGCGGCUCUGUUGGCGAGCGCGGGCAGCGGCAGCAGCAUGAAGGGCCCGGCCGGCGCGUCGCCGUCGGAGGUGAUCCGCGAGGGCGAGCUGGAGAAGCGCAGCGACAGCCUCUUCCAGCUGUGGAAGAAGAAGGCGGUGGUGCUGAGCAAGGACAGCCUGAGCCUCUUCUCGCCCGAGGCCGGCAAGGCCCGAGGCGGCGGCGGGAAGGAGCUGCGCUUCGGCUCCAUCCAGAAGGUGGACUGCGUGGAGCGGACGGGCAAGUACGUGUACUUCACCAUCGUCACGACGGACCGCAAGGAGAUCGACUUUCGGUGCCCGGGCGAGAGCUGCUGGAACGCCUCCAUCACCAUGGCGCUCAUCGACUUCCAGAACAAGCGCGCCAUCGAGGACUUCAAGAGCCGCCAGGAGGCCGCCGAGCACGCGGCCGCCGCCACCCGGGACAGGCGCCUCGCGCGCGCCCCCUGAGCCCGAAGCGCGCGCCCCCGAGCGAGAGAGUGACCUAAGGUGAGCGAGUGCUGCCGUCUUGGUCUCGUUUGCCCCCUGACUUCGCCCCCUCCCCGCCUCCCCAUCUUCACUCAUUGAUCCUCUGAGUCGAUUAAUCUGAAUCAAAACCCUAAGACCUGUUCUGCUUCAUAGGGCCUGCUGGGUCACAACCACUCCGUCGAUAACCAGCGCAACUUUGGGAAAGUUUUAUGCAAUUCAGUGGCCUUCCCCUUCUUACCCCGUACAGAAUUUAUCGUGGGUUGAGAAAGCGAUUCGGUGGAAUCUGUUGCGCGUAACCUCCCUGUGGGCAGCAGAGCUUGGUUCUAGAUGAUGAUUUUGCAGAUUAUUGACUAACAGUAGAUUAGCGUCAGUGAACAGUAACACACUUCAGUGGUACCUUGGUUUAAGAACAGCUUAGUUUAUGAAAAACUUGGAUUAAGAACGCUGCAAACCCAGAAGUGGGUGUUUUGGUUUGUGAAGUUUGCCUUGGAAGCAGACCAUGUUCCGCUUCCUGUUGAGUGUGUUCCAUUUGUAAAUUGAGUCCCCCACUGCUAUGGGAAAGCACACCUUGGUUUAAGAACGCUUUGGUUUAAGAACGGACUUCCGGAACGGAUUAAGUUCGUAAACCAAGGUACCGCUGAAGUUAACUGGAGCAUUUGUCUUAAACCGCCUAAAUUCCAUCAGCUUAAACUGGGGAUGAACUAAUAAUUUUAAAUGAGAAUACUUGGUUUCCUCCCACAUUUAGGAUUGGCAUAAUGUGUGCAUCUGCCAAGGAAGCAGAACUCUGAAACUGCAGUGGGGCCAGGCAGUCUGCAAAAAAUAAAAAAUGAAGCUGCAUUUUGACUUUUCGUGUAAUUCAGCUGGUGCCAUUUAAGGAGUAGUAAGAGGCUAGGUGGCUCUGGAAGCCUCCCUGGACUAUGCCCUCCUCAAAUAAUGGCUCUUUCUGGCUUUGUUAAAGGUAAUCCAGAAUAAAUGGCUAAAGUGAGGGUGACAGCCGUGUGCAUCUGGGGAUCUUCUUAACGAACUCCCAGACAAAGGCUUUUUCUGUGUGACCAAUGUGCUGCUUCAGCACACACCCAUAUUCCAGGCAGGAAUUGCCAUUUAUUUUUAAAUGGGGACAUUCAUCCGCUUCCAAGUAAAAGGAGAAAAAAGUUAGGAUCAGGGUGUUGGAAGAGAGGAGCUGUUCAAACUUUUAGGAAUUCCUGGGAUGAGGAACACUGUACCCCUCUAGGAGUUGUUAGACUCCAACUCCCAUCAAAUGCAGCCUGCAUGGCUAGUGGCCAAGGAUGAGAUUUUUAGUCCAACAUAAUGUGGAGGAUACCAUGUUCCUUGUCCUUGGUUUUGAUAGUUUGGUUAUUACAAGUCAUCUGGAUGAGAAUAGAUAUUUGCAGGAGGGUUGGGAUGUUGUGAGUUUUGCACUAAGAACUCAUUGCAGAGAGUCUCUGCAGUAGAGUUUGGGGGGUGUCUAUUUGUGCUAUUACUCAAAUUAUUAUUUGACCCAAAUAACUAAACAGGAGGCAAUAAUUUGCAUAGGAGUAGCUAUGUUAGUCUGUUGCAGGAAAACCAGCAGAGAGUCUUGUGGCAGCUUAGAGACUAACGUGUUUAUUAUAGCAAAGCUAAUAUGCCAUAAUAGAACUUUUGCCAGCCUGGUACUGCCCUGGUGUUGAACUACAACUCCUUUCAGCCCCAGCUAGCACAGCUUUCCAUGCAAAAGAUCCCAGAUUCAGUUCCCAGCAUUUCCCAUUGGAAUGGGGGGAAAACUCUCUGCCUGAAUCCUAGAGAGCUGUUGCCACGCAGAGUGUAGUGGUCUGACUCUUGUCUAAGGCAGCUUCUUAUUUUCUCUGUAUAUUUGGUAGUAGGAUGACUUGACCUCAGUGGGUUCCUGAGGCUGUAAUCCUAACUCCAUUCCCUUGGGAAUAAGCCCCAUGGAAAUCAGUAGGAUUGCCUUCUGAAGAGACCGUGUUUAGGACUGUGCUGUAAGUAAACGUUCAGAACUACUAAAGUCUAGCCUAUGGUGGCAAAGCCUCAGAAAAGGAUGACACUAUUAGAUGCUUCUUUAUAGGAUCUUUCUGUAUCCCUGAGGUUUUAAAAAGGCAGUCUUGCUAUUAGUUUAGCAUUAUUAUUAUUUUUGCUACUAGCUUGCUUGUCCUGCUGCAUCACUAAUAAUUUGCUUUUCUCUUGUUUUCAGCAGACUGUACCUCUGGAUGACAAAGAAAAUCAGUUGUUUUAGACUGAACCGGGACAUUAGGACACCAAUGAAGGAAAGCAAAGGAGAAUGGAGUGCCCAGCUUCUUCCCAGGUCUGAUGAGGUGGCUGAGCAAAGAGGCCAGGCUGUUCUACGAGAGGCAUUUGCAGACCAAAGACUUUUUACAUUUUCUUUAAAAAGACUCAUAGGGCAAAGCAUGGCUGUGUGAGCAGGAUGCCUAGCUUUGCAAAAAAUGCUAUUGUUUUUCUAUUUAUGAAAUGCAAAGAAUAUUCAGCACCUGCUGAUGCAAAACCAGUUUAAAUUAUUUGUAAUAUCUAUAUUUGUAUUUAUUUUGAUAAAAUAUCCUUAAGCACAUGUUUGUCUUAAAAUUGCUUCUGGCAUUUGAAUAUGUCCAUUCCAAAUUAAAUGCUUUUUUAUUACUGU